AGCCAGCAGGGAGGGGCUGCUGCUGCAGCGGGCAGUGGGAGAUGGCCGGCGGCGCGCCGGGGAUCUCGGGGGGCCACCUUCACGCCGCCGCUGCUGCUGCUGCCCGGAUAACUCGCGCGGUUGACGGUCGCCGCCGCUGGCUGUGCCGAGCGGGUCACGUGGCGGCGGGAGGGGACGGGAAGAGACGCGCUGAAUAAUUGAGGCGCUGCAGCGCGCUCUCCUUCCCUCCCGCUCGGCCGCAGAUGCAGGCGGGAGCUGAAAGCAGCUCUCGGAGCGCGCUCCUGCCAACGCCCCUCCCCAGCCACCAGCAGUCCUGGGCCGGCCGGGAGCUGCUGGCCGAAGAAGGAAGGCUGCUUCCUCUCCUCCAUCCACCGGCUGGCUCCUCCCACCCUGAGCUUGAGUGGCAGGCGGCGGAGGGGGCGAUCUUGUGGACUGGAGCGACCGCCGGCCUCUCCUCCCCCCUCCCCGCACUGACUCCAGGGAGGGAAGCUGCUGAGCUCCUGGAGCUCCAGGUGCGGGCAGCCUCCUCCCUUCGCACCAGCGGACCCGCUGGCCGCGCCAUCGCCUCUCCUCCCAGCCUCUCCAGCCCCGAGCGGCUGAGCUGCUUCCACCGGAACCUUAUGAAGAUUCUGAGCAUCUGGAAGUAUCCUAAAAGCUUCACUUCACAUUGACAAAUAUGUGGCUUUGAGUUGUCCUGAACCUUCUCUGAAGUGGGCUGCUGCUUAAGUUAAUGGUUUCAAGCUUCGUUCCUGGAACUAAGUGAAUCCACCUGUCUUUGCUGACAUUGGUUUCUAUAUCUUGACGUCACAAUGAGUGGCUUCCUCUCAUAUUUGGACCCCCGGAGGAUCCAGUGGGGUACUGCGUGGUAUGCCAUGCAUUCUAGAAUCCUCCGCACCAAGCCUGUGGAAUCCAUGCUGGAGGGGACAGGGACCACCACAUCCCAUGGAACCAAGCUGGCCCAGGUGCUCACUACUGUGGAUCUGGUUUCAUUAGGUGUUGGAAGCUGUGUCGGCACUGGGAUGUAUGUGGUCUCUGGUUUGGUUGCUAAAGAGAUGGCAGGGCCUGGCGUCAUCGUCUCCUUCAUCAUCGCUGCUGUAGCCUCCAUUUUGUCUGGGGUUUGCUAUGCUGAGUUUGGAGUGCGAGUUCCCAAGACCACUGGCUCCGCCUACACCUACAGCUAUGUCACAGUGGGAGAGUUUGUGGCAUUUUUCAUUGGAUGGAACCUAAUCCUCGAAUACCUGAUUGGCACAGCAGCAGGCGCCAGUGCUUUGAGCAGCAUGUUUGACUCCCUGGCCAAUCACACCAUCAGUCGCUGGAUGAUUGACAGCAUUGGAACUUUAAAUGGGCUGGGUAAAGGAGAAGAAUCAUACCCAGAUCUGCUAGCUUUGGUCAUUGCUGUCAUUGUCACCAUCAUAGUUGCUUUGGGGGUGAAGAACUCUGUGGGAUUUAACAAUGUCCUUAAUGUGAUUAACCUGGCUGUGUGGAUCUUCAUGAUGAUCGCUGGGCUCUUCUACGUCAAUGGAGAAAACUGGGCUGAGGGGCAGUUCCUGCCAUUUGGAUGGUCAGGGGUGCUACAAGGUGCAGCCACUUGCUUCUAUGCCUUCAUUGGUUUUGACAUCAUUGCCACCACUGGAGAAGAAGCAAAGAGUCCCAACACUUCCAUCCCUUAUGCCAUCACUGCCUCGCUGGUCACAUGCCUGACAGCAUAUGUGUCUGUGAGCAUUAUCUUAACUCUGAUGGUGCCAUACAAUGACAUUGAUACUGAAUCCCCUCUGAUGGAGAUGUUUGCAGUCCAUGGAUUCUAUGCUGCUAAGUUCAUCGUUGCCAUUGGAUCUGUUGCUGGGUUGACUGUGAGCUUGUUGGGUUCCCUCUUCCCAAUGCCCCGGGUCAUUUAUGCCAUGGCUGGUGAUGGGCUUCUCUUCAGAUUCUUGUCCCACGUGAGCUCUUACACAGAAACUCCGGUUGUCGCUUGCAUCGUCUCAGGGUUUCUUGCAGCACUACUCUCCCUACUGGUCAGCUUGAGGGACCUGAUAGAAAUGAUGUCCAUUGGCACGCUGCUUGCUUACACUUUGGUCUCCGUCUGUGUCCUGCUUCUCCGAUACCAACCGGAGAGUGACAUUGAUGGCUUUGUCAAAUUCCUUUCUGAAGAGCACACUAAGAAAAAGGAAGGGAUUUUAGCAGAUUGUGAGAAGGAAGUUUGCUCCCCAGUGAGUGAUGGGGAGGAGUUUGCAGGCCCACCCACCAAUACGUGCGGCGCAAAGAACCUCCCAUCCUUGGGAGACAAUGAGAUGCUCAUCGGAAAAUCGGACAAGUCCACCUACAAUGUCAACCAUCCCAACUACGGCACAGUCGACAUGACUUCUGGAAUAGAGGCUGAUGAGUCUGAAAACAUCUACCUCAUCAAGCUGAAGAAGCUAAUCGGACCGCGAUACUACACAAUGCGGAUCCACCUUGGGCUGCCUGGGAAAAUGGAUCGGCCCACGGCAGCCACUGGUCACACGGUCACCACUUGUGUGCUCCUGCUGUUUAUCCUCAUGUUCAUCUUCUGCUCUUUCAUCAUUUUUGGGGUGGACUAUCUCUACGACCAAAGUUGGUGGGCCAUUCUUCUAGUGGUUCUCAUGGUCCUGCUGAUAGUCGUGUUGGUGUUUGUCAUCCUUCAACAGCCAGAAAACCCCAAAAAACUGCCCUACAUGGCCCCUUGCCUGCCUUUUGUUCCUGCCUUCGCUAUGCUGGUGAACAUCUAUCUUAUGCUGAAACUUUCACGGAUCACGUGGAUCCGGUUUGCUGUCUGGUGUUUUGUGGGGCUACUGAUUUAUUUUGGCUAUGGCAUAUGGAACAGCACACUGGAGAUCACUGCCCGGGAGGAGGCCCUGCAUCAGAGCACAUAUCAGCGCUACGAUGUUGAUGUUGAUCCCUUCUCCGUAGAAGAUGGCUUUGCCUAUGCUGAGAGUGACAACUACCAGGACUGGGAUCCUGCCGACGACAAAGGCUUCUCAUACCAGCAGAUGUCAGGAGCAAAAGAAAGCAGUCGGACAAGUAGCAAAUCAAAAAGCAAAGGCAAACACAAACAGAACUCAGAUGCACUGAUUUCAAAUGAUGAGUUAGACGACUCGCCAGAGUAGAUGCAAAGAAACACAACCGCUCCACUCUUUCUCACUAAGCUAAACCUUGGGCUAGGAUCUAAAGGUUUCUUUUGGCUCCCAUUUCAAAUCCCACCCUUCCUAUAAAGGUCCUGUUUCCAGAAGUCAUAUCACUUACUUACUUGCUUGCUCACUUUCUGCUCUUCAGGAUGGUUCUGCUGAGCACUUAUCCUGAAUCAAAUGAAUGUCACAUUAAAAAGAAAGCAAAACAAGAAGUCCUUGGGGGGGGGGUCUUUUUUCCACUAAUCACAGCCCUAUUUCACUGAAUGUUGCCAGGAGCUCACCCUUUGGAUGGGCUGGUUUUGUAGGCAGAGCUGUUCUGAGUGUUAGAAAACCCAUUACACCAGACACGUACAGCUGCAAUGACUCUACAGUUUCAAUGGAAGAAGCACCCAGCAGAAUGGGUGCCUGAUAAGCAAGCACAGUUGGGUUCCUCUGGCAGAGCAAAAUGUGUAUGUUCUCUGUGAUUUCUCAUAGAGAAAUAUUGUGCAUGAAGCAACAGCUAGGUUAUUUGGUAAACAGUGAGUUUUUGAUGGUUUUUUAAUGUAAAUCUUGGCUAGAUGGAUAGGUCAAUGUAGACUGGGACCAUAUUUUUUCCAGUGGUAUCCCAGGAGUAGAUGAGAGAUCCAAACAUGGGAGUGCAAUCAGAAGUUUUCAUUGCCACUUCUAUGGAACAAAUACACGUUUUCAUUCAGCAAAAUAUUUUUUGCACUUUGGCAUAUUUGAUUGCUCUUUGGUUUUUGUUUCUCACAUCUUAUUGUUCUCUCCUCAUUCCAUCUCAAUUACUUUGAUUUGUUUCCUGUGAAUUAUGGUGUGACAUCACAUGACUUGACCACAAUAUAAUAUCAGGCAAUCGGAAUUUGCAUUUUGGUAAGUUCUUCUUGGACCUUUCCUUCUUCAGCAUUUUUUAAAAAAGAAAGAAAAUAGGGAUGGGAAUUUUGAUUGUCCAAAGUUCUUGAGAAUGUUAUACCCUGGCUUGGGUUAUCCAUACCAAAACAAUUUAGCACUUAUGUUCUGUGCAAAGACAAUUGGCUCAGCUUGAGGUGUCAGAGCAGUGAUACUAAAAAAAAAAAGGAGUUACACGUCCCGCAGAAACAUAUGGUGCAGUUCUUGCUAGACUGUAUGUUGUAAAUGGGUGUUGCAUAUCUCAGUGCUCCCACACACAGUUAAAAAAAAACCCCUGCAUAUAGAAAACCAGCUUGUCCACUAGUCAGAGUCUAUCUCGCCACCAUGGUAGUUGCCUAUUUAGAGCAAGCUUUUUAAAGUGUGUGUGGGGGGGUAUUCAUUAAAUCUCUCACUCUCUGAGUGGUGCCAGGCGCUUUCCAGAUUAGAGCCUGCAACAGGGUCACGUUGUAUCUCUGAAGUGUGCUUCCACGCUUCCUGCGUUAUGACACUUGCAGGGUGCCGUUCACAUUGCCAAUGCCUGGUCUCGAAUUUAAUAGCUGCGAUAUAGAGCUAGGAUGUCGUUUAUCCGCCAUGGAAAAGUUGCUGUUUUUUCAGGUUGUUAGUUGCUGUGAGACUGCCCCCACCCCCCACUGUUUACGUUUUCAAUGCGACUUGCCUGAACGGAGGCAUUUUGCUGCUGUUGAGCAGCUAUUUAUUUGUUUGUUUGUUUGAUUGAUUGAUUUCUAUACUGCCCUUCCAAAAAUGGCUUAGAGCAGUUUACACAAAGAAAUAAUAAAUAAAUAAGAUGGAUCCCUGUCCCCAAAGGGCUCACUAUCUAAAAAGAAACAUCAGAUAGACACCAGCAACAGUCACUGGAGGUACUGUGCUGGGGGUGGAUAGGGCCAGUUACUCCCCCUGCUAAAUAAAGAGAAUCACCACAUUAAAAGGUGCCUCUUUGUCAAGUUAGCAGGGGUUAUCUGCUAACCAGUUAACUGUUAGCAGCAGCUAGACUGGAAAGUACCCAGCAAGAGCUGAUCAUGUAGUUUAGCUUCUACAUGAAUUGUACAUGUAAUUCUGCUGAUUGUGUAGUUUACCUUUAACUUUAAACAUCUCUAUUGGAAGAGACUGGGAGCAACAGCUAGAAUGAAAAGAAUGAAUAAUGGGCAAAGUUCUGGUUAUUAAAAUAUGAGUUUCAUAAUGUGCCUGUUGUAUCCAGCUAUCUUUUGUGUUUUGUUGUUUGGAUAUUUGUCCCAGUGGGGAUCCUGUAGAAAGUGUGGGGGGUGGAAUCAAAAAGGAAAAGGGAGGAAAUCAAAAAGGAGAAUAUGGAGUUGCCGAAUAAACCUUUAGUUAAAUCUACAUACGUUUUAUUUGUGUGUUUGAGAGAAGCAGCUAUAAAACAGUUACUUAUGGACUCAAGCAAAGAAAGUUUAGAUCAAAAUCCUGGGUUUAGAUCACCCAUAGCCAUGAUUCAAACAAACCAAUCCCCGCAUAGGCUUCAUCUAUUCUCAGUUAUUCAGUAUCUAAAUCUUAACAUUCUAAAAUGAUUGGCCUGAGGUUCCAAUUAUUUUGCAUUAUUCCUAGGGAACUGCUUUAUCUGCAGUAUCAAACAUAACAUUCCACUGAGGCAACUAAGUCUGCAGUCUUAUGCAUACAUAACUGUAAGGCCCAUUGAAUGCAACUGGACUCACUUCUGAAUAAAGAUGGUCAGGAUUGGACUCCAUGAGUGAGUUUGGUUGUCACAUCCUGCAGAAGGUUAGGUGGACCCAUGUUUGUUAGAGCAGGCUCUGCCACUCACAUAUACUGAAGACCGGGAAGCUAUAAGAGGUUCAUUUGCACUCGGCCAGCUAGCCUGCCUGCCUGCCUCCUUCACUCCCUUCUUCAGGCCAGCUGGGAUUCCACUCCUAUAUACAGAAGGCACUUGUGUGGAACUGGAACUCUUUGCUUCCCCACCAGUAUUAUUCCUUGUAUCCCCUAAGAGAGAGAAAAGCCCAAAGCCCCAGGCUUUGCAUCUUCCAAUCCUGGAAACACAUCUAUAGGAUGAAGCAAAGGGCCUUUCCAUCUAUCUCUUCUGAAGUAAAAAUUUUUUGAUAUUUUGCAAGGUACAAAAAUAGAGUACUUCUUGGAUUCAACUCCUAGUACAAAUAACACUGACCUCCUCUGUAAACAACAAUAUAUUUAUUUACAACAUGAUUCACAGCUAAGUUAGCAUAGGGUUCUGUACAAACACUACAUAGGCAGGAAUUAAAAAUGAUCUCUCUGGAGCUGGAACCCUACAGAGCACUCAGUGGCGAUCACAGGGUCAGGAUGAGGAGAGGUGGCUGCUCUUGGCUGGUGCUCAGAUAAAGCAAAAACCAGAAGGAAUUUAUCAGAAGAAAGAUUUCCUAAAGAAUGAGGAAGGGCUCUGGAAUGCAUGCCUUGAGCUGUAGUCUUCUGCUGAGCUUCUUUUUAGCUUCAACAGCCUACUCUUCACCACUUCCAUGCUGCUCAUAUCAAGCUCUGCUCUCACACCUUUCAUCUUGGGCCUGCCCCUCAAACUACACAUUGAGGUCAUUUUCACAAACGAAAACUGUGUUCUACCUGGGUUUGGGAGCUGUGUGUGCUACCAAUUUUUGGUUGUGUGGAAUCAAGGUAAAAUGAAAACCUGGGCAGAGAUUGUGUGAAAGCACGCUAGGAGGAAAGGCUACCCAGAUUUUCCUCCUACCUUGUUUCCACACAAUCACUUCUACCCAGGUUUUCCUCUUACCUUGCAUCCACACAACUGAAAAUUGGGAGCACACACUGCUCCCAAACCCAGGUAGAACACAGUUUUUGAUUGUGUGAAUGACCUCAUUAUGUGAAAUUGAUAGGUUUCAAUUGAUAGGUUUCAAACCCCCCUCUGUCUGGGGUUUGUUUUGUUUUUUUAACUUAAAUCACAGCCACAGAGGUGUGUGUUAUCAAAUUUGGGACCACAACACAUGGGUAUGGGUAUUUAGCCCUUUGCUCUCAUGCUACAUCUUCAACAAAAAUCACAUCCCCAAAACUGCUAUUAGUCCCAGGAGGCAAAAUUCCACUGUGGCAGGGAAGGGUUCAGCCCCAUUUGACAUAAAAAUCAGACCCACGUAUCCUUACUUUAUGCAUAAGUGGGACAGACAAAUAAUUGCAGCUUCCCCAUUACACUCAGCCCUGCGAAAUAGGCCUUAGAGAGUAAAUGAUUUUUAGGAUGUGAGAUUUAAAAAACCCUGAUAUACUGAAAUAUUGUUCUAAAUGUCGCAUUAAAAACCCCAUCUAAUUGGUCUUUAUACUUGACCUUUGCCUAUUUUUAAAUCACAUUUUUAAGGCUUGAUCUUAGGCCGCCAAAUAUAAUUUGACUUGCAAAGCCAUGAUGGCGACAUUUUACCUCCGCACCCCCUUUUUAGAGUGUUUGUGGUUUUAAAAAUUUGCUAUCAUAAAUGAGUGCCUUCCGAUACAAAGAAAUCAAAGGAAAGCAGGAACAUCAUGGAAAUCAGAAUGAGCCAAAUGUCACAAUGGGGAUCAACUUUAACCCAGCUGGUUAAGAUGUGUUUUAAGGCUGGUUCACACGAUCGAAACAAGGAGGCUAUUCUCACGAUGGAGGGAAACUGGGCUAAGGGAGCCCAGCCCAGUUUCUCUCCAUCGUGAGAACCACUGGGCUCACAGGCGGGCCUGGUGGUUCAGUGGCAGCUAGCCCGCCUAAAUACCCCUCUCCCAAACAAGGUUAAUGGAGCGAGCUCUCCGUUAACCUCGUUAGUUUGAUCAUGUGACACACUCAUGGUGGGGGGAGAGGGGAGGGGGACCUGUGCGGUGCCUUCCGGGGGUCAAGGGGGCUGUGCGGUGACGCUCCCCUUCCCCCGACCCCCAGAACUCCCCAGCGAGUUGCAGCCGGGUGUGGGAGUGCCUGGCCAAAGCCGCCACUCUUCUGUGCGGCUGAUCUGGCCACCACCCAGCUGCCCAGCAACAAGCGACUGCUCAUGUGCGGGGAGAGUGGGCUAACCCACUCUCCUUGCCAAACCCUUCUCGGCUCCACACUUUGAUCGUGUAUAGAGCCUCAGUGUCUAAUUGCUUAAUGCAAAUCUGAGAUGUCUUGAGUUGUGCAUGCUCCAGUGGAAUGUGUCAUGUGAACUCAGACAUUUUUGUCGAUCCCAUGUUGGAAACACUGGACACUUAACCAGGAUAGACAAGCUGAGUUCAGAUCUAAGUAUAACGAUCCCAAUUAAAUGUCAGGUGUUUACAGUGCAGAUCUGAGAUCAGUAACAAAAACCCUGAAUGUGCAUGACACACUCCUCAGGAGGACGUGUGACUUGGAGAUCUCAGAUUUGCCAGUAAGUAGACAAUGUGAACUGGCCCUUAGUGUGUUAUCCACCGUCCUGCUCAGUAUCAUAUAGUGAUCAGACUGCUGUACUGAGCCUAUUGAAGAAAAGGCUACAAACUAAACUUUUGAUGAAGCAAAGAAACAUAUAACAUAACCAAGGGCACUCAGUUCUAAUUCACAGCUGUCAUUCUGUUGUUAGUUUUAAAAAAUGUGGGUGCUUCAAAACCUGAUUUCUGAAUCUUUGUGGAAAUCACAAUAUAUGCAGAUACACACAUAACACUUCUAAGAAUCUGUUCACUUCUCUCAUGCCAGGAUUGCACAAAUUCAGUUCAGAUUUUGUUUAAAUCCUAGUAAAAUAUUUAGAGUCUGAUUUUCCUGUUGAGAUUCAGAUAACAUGUUUUCGAUCAGCAUCACCACUGAUCUGGCCAUCCCCUAGCUAGCUUCUGACUUUUCUACCAAAAACUAACAAAACCUUCAACAAAAAAAUGAUGAGGUCUAUAAAAUAUGUGCCACUUGGACAAUUUGGAGACAUUUGUUUUGUUUAAUUUGAUCUUGAUGAACUGUAUUAAAAUCCAAGGCAUGUCACUGCAUUCUAGAAUUUAGCAAAAAUGUAUCGAGUGCUGAAAAAGAAUGGGAACUUGCAGGUGGAGCUAUUUAAGAUUGCAGGUGGAGCUAUUUCCAUGAGUAUAAAGAAAGAAGUGAUGCAAGCUAAGCAAUGCUAAUUGAAUGCUCUUUUCUCCUCCUAACAUGGGUCUCAGAACAAAGUCUGAGGGCACAUGAUACAGUCAGACAUGGGGUUUGAUGCCAGGGGUAAAACAUCAAAAUAGUGUGCAACAAUGCCUCCUCAUUAAACAUGGGCCAGCCCAUGGUGAAAGUUUCCCUUGCAAACCCCACACAAAUGAACAGCAAGAGCUCCCCACAUAAAUGAACAGCUCACAGAGCUCCCAAACCUAGGCAGAACACAGUUUUUGACCUCAUUGUUCAGUUUGGUUCUAAGACCAAAGCUUUUGCCCAACCUAGACAGCCACAUCUUGAUGCACCUAUGCCACCUUUUUCUGAAAACCAUAAUAAUUUUUUGCUGAUAAAUACCUCAACAAAUUUUGGUGGUUUGGGGCCAAUUCGCAAAUUAAUCACUUGAAAACUGGUGAUGACUUACACAUGUGAAUGAGCCAUCACAGCUCCAACAGUACAGCUAGAUCUUUGAUAUUGCCUCACAUCCUAUCAAACACACUGCUUUCCAGUGGUGUCAGCAGGCACAUUCUGCUGCUGUGUAAGUAAUCUUGGGAUGAGAAAUCAAGUGAUGUGUCGUGCAAACUGAACCUUGAGAGCCUAAUGGAGCUCAUGAGGUUUCACUGUCCUUGUUUGCCUCAUUCAGAAAUAGUGUACAGGUACUUGAUGCAUGUAGCCGUUUGCACAUUUUGAUCAGUCCCCUAUGACUGUGAAUGGAAGGCCCUUGAGAGCUCUUUGUGUGUGUUUAUUAGAUCCUCUCUAUCUGUAAUGGAUCACUCCACUGGCAAAGGGGAAGGGGACACUACAAUUUCUUUAACUACAAGACUCUGCACUCAAGCUUUGUUGCUGCAAAAGCCUGUCACUGUGUGUAUAAUAAUGGCAUUUGUGUUAAGCAUUCAAUUUGUAAAUGAUCUUUCCUGCUUUAAUUUCAUUUGGUCUUUAGAUUGUCCAACUCGCAAUUGUGGUUUGUUUGUUUUUUAAAUAUAUAUUAUUGUUGCUAUUAUUUUCUUGUUUUGUUUCAUUUUUUUGCAGAUGGCAUUUCCUGCUGUAACAAUUUUCUGGUAUGAAACUGAUGUAUUUGUUUAAAAGAAAAAGGUUGUUCUCUGAUUUAUUUAUUUUUGUGAUUUCUGGACCCCAUUGGUGCACUAUGCAAUGGGAGUUUGUGGUGUGUCAUGAUGAAAGUUUAUGCAGAUAUCUAAAUGGAGUGACCUUUUUAUUUUGAGAAUGAUUGUGUUGUUGACUAUUAUAUAAAACAUAUAAAUAUACUGUCUUAUCAAGACACUUGGAAAAGAGAUCUAAAUUUACCAAAUGUGUAUAUUUUAAUAGAUGCAUAAAGCUUCAUUGUGUGCCUUUAUAUUUACAAAAAUUAAAAUUAAAAUGAGGGGUUAUAUAGAAAGCCAGAGAGAAAAAUCUCAACUGGACUGUCCGUAGCUUUUAAAUUAAAUAUUAAACCAAAAAGAGAGAGAGAGAAAAUCCCACAAACUAUAUAUUGAUAUAUAUAUAUAUACAUAAAUAUUUGUUAAACUUACUAGUAUCUCAAGGUCUGAUAUUUUCAAUGCUAAAGUGAAUUAAAUAUAAACAAAUUUUGCCUUAAGAGCCUGGACAGAUUUCCUUUGUUGAGGAACAAUGGAAAUGAGCCGAUCUGAGUCUGGAUUUGCAUUGUUGUUUUUUUAAAAAUGGUUCUUAGGUUACACAAUAAAACCUGGGUGAAACUAA